UCUUAACUAGUCUCUGCAAUAUAUUCGAAAUGUUCAAGCCUUUGCUCUGCUGUCUCGUCGUGCUCUCUGGCGCCUAUGCCAUCAAUCAUGGUACCCAGGCUGCCGAUUUUGCUGCAUAUAUGGCUAGAUUUGGUAAAACCUAUGCCACCGCAGCGGAGCAAAAUGCUGCUCAGUACUACUACAACUAUCACAAGAACCAGAUAGCUCAGCAAAAUGCGCUGGCAGAUCGCGGAGCGAGCAGCUAUCGAGUGAACGAGAAUCAGUUCUCGGAUAUUAGAUUGAUAACGUUUGCAGCGCGCUUGCCGCAGGCUGUUUAUCCCGCGACUUCAGGCAGUACAACGCCCGUCACCCCGAACGAUGUAGCGCCAGCUGAGUUUGACCUGCUGAAGCAGUGGGGCGUAGAGGUGUUUGCCCCGGAUCAAGGCACCGUGUGCAGCAGCAGCUGGGCCUAUGCGGUGGCUCGUUCCAUUCAAAUACUGAAUGCAAUCCAGGUUGGACAGGAUGUGCCCCUGAACAACUCCGCCCAGGCGCUGAUCGAUUGCGCCGGCAUGGGCAAUGGCUGCACCACGCAGGUGCCCCAAAUCGCCUUUGACUAUCUGCGCCAGGCCGGAGUCUUCUUGGUAAACGAGGCGGAAUAUCCCCCAAACAAAACGCAAAACCAGCAGGGCAUGUGCCUGCCCCAGAUGGCGGCGAGUCCAAUCAAACUGGAGACCUACGGCACCAUUCCCGACGGCGACGAUGAUCUGCUCAUGCGCUACGUAGCCAGCGAAGUGCCCGUGAUUGUGGAGUACAAUCCGGCGACCUUUGGAUUCAUGCACUACAGCAGCGGUGUCUACGUGCCUCCGAUGCGGGCUCAGGCCAGCAGCUCCCAGUUCCUGGUGGUCGUUGGCUAUGGACACGAUGCGGCGAGCAAUCUAGACUACUGGCGAUGCCUCAAUUCCUUCGGCAACACUUGGGGCGAAAAUGGCUUCAUCCGAAUCGUACGCAGCGCUGCCCAACCCCUUGCCAAGCGAGCCAUUUUCCCCAACAGCUUGGGUGCGAUUGCGACUACGCCUUCGACACCGACUACGCCUUCGACACCGACUACACCCUCUACAACUGCUCCCUCAUCUACACCCCCGUCCUCAUCCACUCCGUCUACCUCAUCUAGCUCAACAACAACCACAACAACAACAGCUGCCCCAUCUACCACAAUCACACCAUAAUUAUAUUCGGAAUACUUGAAAGUAUUUAAAAAACAAAUUUAUAUACAUUUGUCUGUCUCAUCUAGCAUGAGCUUAUCAAAUUUCCCUCUAUAUAUUUAAAUAUACAAAUAUCGUUAACAGGC